AUGAACGCCUCAAGCAAACAUGCACAGUAUGAUGAUGACAGAUCAGCUCCGGCAUCAAACAGUCUCCCUUUGAGUAGUGGGUCCACUGCCCACGAUAUUCUUGAAGCAUUGGACUUGGAUCCGGCUUUGAAUAGGAAGAUGCAUCUGGUGAACAAUGCUCUGGACAAGAUCGGGUGGACACCAUAUCACUGGAGGCUUUUCUUCCUUUGCGGCAUGGGAUACGGCGUGGACGCCCUUCAGGUGUCUCUCCAGGGUAUCAUCGCUACCCAAGCAGCGUAUGAGUUUCAGCCCUCCUACCCAAAGGGUCUCACAAUAGCACUGUAUGUAGGCAUGCUAGUAGGCGCAUUGUUCUGGGGUCUGAGUGCCGACAUCGUUGGUCGGAGACUCGCAUUCAAUAUAUCGCUGUUUAUUUGCUCUGCCUUCACCAUUGUCGCCGGUGCAUCUCCUAGCUGGGCAUCACUGGGAUUCUUCAUCGCUUUCUCCGCGUUCGGCGCUGGGGGAAAUCUGAUCCUUGACACCACUGUUCUCCUUGAGUACUUGCCGUCUAACAAGCAGUGGUUGGUAACGGGACUUGCGGCUUGGUGGGGGGUUGGAUGUACGAUUGCCGGAUUGGUAGCAUGGGGGUUUAUGCCAAAUUAUAGUUGCUCCAAUCCCAGCAAAGCCCCAUUCAUGCCUUGCACCAAAGCGAACAACAGCGGCUGGCGAUACCUUAUGUAUACGAUGGGAGCGAUGAUCUUGGUGAUGAGCAUUGCUCGAGUGGCACUGGUCAAGUUUAAGGAGACUCCCAAGUUCAGGCUAGGACAGGGGAAAGACGCAGAGGUGGUUGAGCAUUUCAAUCAACUGGCGGGAAAAUACCAUCGAUCCUGUCCGAUCACUCUCCAACAGCUCGAGGACUGCGGGACUAUUACAACUGCACACUCUCGGUCCUCACAGUUUUCCGUUAGCGAAUUCUCGAUCCAUCUGCGUAGUCUGUUCUCAACGAGGAAACUCGUCCUCUUAAUGGGCCUCCUCUGGCUGUCCUGGCUAAUGCUCGGUCUCGCAUAUCCAUUGUUCAACGUAUUCCUGCCGACGUACCUGGCCAGCCGGGGAGUCAAGUUCGGUGUGACGAGUACUUACGAAACGUGGAGAAACUACGCUCUUGCUCAAGUGUGUAGCAUUUUUGGGCCUAUUGUCAGUGCAUAUUUGGCGAACCGACGCUUCUUAGGACGACGAUAUACCAUGGUCAUUGGUGGUCUACUUACCAUGGCAUUUUUGUUUGCUUAUUCUCAGGUCACAUCCCAGCAACAGAAUGUUGCUUAUACGUGUGUCAUUUCUUUCACCUUGCAGAUCUACGCCGCUUGUCUGUACGGAUAUACGGUUGAGGUCCUACCGUCGGCCCACAGAGCCACCGGGAAUGGGAUCUCGGUGGCUCUCCACCGUUUCAUGGGUGUUAUGUCGGCUGUUAUUGCGACCACAGCAAAUACUGAUACUUCCGCACCGGUCUUUAUUUGUGCGGCGCUGUAUGGGGGUUUGGCUCUGUGUGCGGUUUUGCUCCCAUUUGAGCCAUGUGGGAAGCGUGCCUCGUAG